GACAGUCGCAGGAGGAGGUGGCCGCUUUUGCGCUGCCGGCCGCUGCCGCGAGGAGGACGCCAGCCAGUGCGCCUUCGUGGAGACCACCGCCGGGCGGAUCGUCGAGAUCCAGGACCCAGCCGACCACGCCCGAAGGGGGCGCCUGGUUCCCCACGCGCACCCUGCGGGGCAGCUCGCCGGACGCCAGGGUGCCCCAAG